AUGCCACCCACAACUCCACCAACAAUCCAAAUCCUCCCCGGCUACCAGCCCGGCAUCCCCAGCCGCACACUAGAGAUGCACAUGGAUUUCUGCGCCCCCCCCUCGCCGGCUCAGCUCGCCGUCGCUCUUAGCCCGGUGCUUAAGCGGCUGGACGGCGUGGAUGAGGACCCUGAGGACGCCGCCGCCGAUAAUGGUGCCGAUGGUAAAGUGAAGCCGCUCACACACAAAAGAAACCAAGUCUGGUCUGCCAUCCUAAAAUCCCAAGACGAAAAAGAACAACGGAUAGUAGGCGUCGUCUACAUCAGCGGUGAUUACUACCGCUUUGGGGGGAGCAUAAAGAGGAGAAAGGAGAAGAAGAUGUUGGCGACGUCGAGGGAGUUGGAGGCGGUGAGAAGGUUGUAUGGGCGUGGUGGGUUUGUGGUGGUGGUGGAGGAGAAGAGCGAGGAGUAUGUGAGGGAGGAUGAUGGGAGGAAGCAGAUUUUUGAGAGGAUGGAGUAUGUUUGGCGGAGGGAUGGUGGUGGUGGUGAUGGUGGUGAUGGUACGGAGGAGAAAAAGGGGGCGGACACCGGGACCGAAAUGGUUGUUGGUUAA